AACAGUAUGUGGAAUUAAAUUAUGGAAUGGAUUAAGUAAAGAAGUUAAAAAUUGUACUGACAUGAUCCAGUUUAAGAGGUUGUUUAAAUUAAUAGUGCUUACAAAGUACAAAGAAGAAGAAUUAUGAGAAAAACUUCCAACCUUAUUGAAAAUAUUCUUCAUCUCAGUAUGUUAAUAAUGACUGAAUUAAUUAAUUACAUAUUACAAACUGUUGUAUAUACUAAUUCAUAGAUGUUAUUUUAUUAUAUAAAAAGGUCAGUAAAUGAUUUUAUAUAAUUGUAAACGCUUUGAAGUGGGAAAGGGGUAGGAUUAAAUAAGCUUUGCUUCUUCCUACUCCUUUUCGGGCAUGAUGUAAAUGAAAUGAUAUGAAAUUGUGUGAUGUAUUAUGAUGUAAAUGUGUUCAUGUUCGAAAUAAACUAAAAGAGAGAAAAGAAAAGAAAGAAUUGAUUAACGUGGACCCCGAAAAAACUUAUUCGGGUGUUACCAUUUAGUGGUCAAUUGUACGGAAUAUGUACUGUACUGUGCAAUCUACUAAUAAAAAUUUCAAUCAAUCAAAAAAAACAAAAAACAUAGUUGCCUUUAUUUUGGAAAAACUGCCGAGAAGUAGGUUUUUGGCGCAUGCGCAAACGGACCCGGCAGUGACAUGCGAUAUGGCGGAAAAAACUACAUUUCCUGUCAGCAACCUUCUUUGUUCGUUUUGCUCACAGACGCAGCCCGCUUGCACGAAGACCACAAUGUGUCAACAAUCGCAAGACACCGGGGCUAAGCUGAAAUACGAAUCACUCCAACUUUUUUGAAACAACUCUGUUGGUCUGUCAUUCCUUUCGAUACAAGCUGUAGAAAUGGCGCGUCGCUAACCAGAUGUUAGCUACGUGACUUUUAUUUUUCCCCCCCAAUUUUUUCAUUCCUGGUUUGUCAACUGCAUCGAGUGAACAUCAAUGGAGACUUCGUCCCCAACUGCUGUUGCAGAAUCCACGCUGGAGACGCCACCUCUUGUGUGUGACAACUUGUCAAAGCCCUGUUAUAUGGACUACCCAGUUCACCGACCAUGCACAGCCCCACUUGUGCACCACACACCAUGUCGCUCAUAUGACACCUAUCGCCCUCCAUCGCCCAGCAAAGGCUACCCAGAGACCAACAGUGCAGCCAUCUUGUCGGCGUUGAGGAAUCUCCAGGAGAAGAUCAGGAGGUUGGAGUUGGAGAAGCACGCAGAGCUCGGUCAAGGAGACGCAGCACUGCGUUCGCAAUCACACAGAAUGCGGCAGAGACCCGCCACCACUCAGAUGGACGCAAGAUUAAGGCCAACAAAUGAGCAGCACAAAUGCAAUCAAGACGCAGCCCGCUUGCACGAAGACCACAAUGUGUCAACAAUCGCAAGACACCAGGGCUAAGCUGAAAUACGAAUCACUCCAACUUUUUUGAAACAACUCUGUUGGUCUGUCAUUCCUUUCGAUACAAGCUGUAGAAAUGGCGCGUCGCUAACCAGAUGUUAGCUACGUGACUUUUAUUUUUUCCCCCCAAUUUUUUCAUUCCUGGUUUGUCAACUGCAUCGAGUGAACAUCAAUGGAGACUUCGUCCCCAACUGCUGUUGCAGAAUCCACGCUGGAGACGCCACCUCUUGUGUGUGACAACUUGUCAAAGCCCUGUUAUAUGGACUACCCAGUUCACCGACCAUGCACAGCCCCACUUGUGCACCACACACCAAGUCGCUCAUGUGACACCUAUCGCCCUCCAUCGCCCAGCAAAGGCUACCCAGAGACCAACAGUGCAGCCAUCUUGUCGGCGUUGAGGAAUCUCCAGGAGAAGAUCAGGAGGUUGGAGUUGGAGAAGCACGCAGAGCUCGGUCAAGGAGACGCAGCACUGCGUUCGCAAUCACACAGAAUGCGGCAGAGACCCGCCACCACUCAGAUGGACGCAAGAUUAAGGCCAACAAAUGAGCAGCACAAAUGCAAUCAAGACGCAGCCCGCUUGCACGAAGACCACAAUGUGUCAACAAGCGCAAGACACCAGGGCUAAGCUGAAAUACGAAUCACUCCAACUUUUUUGAAACAACUCUGUUGGUUUGUCAUUCCUUUCGAUACAAGCUGUAGAAAUGGCGCGUCGCUAACCAGAUGUUAGCUACGUGACUUUUAUUUUUUUCCCCCAAUUUUUUCAUUCCUGGUUUGUCAACUGCAUCGAGUGAACAUCAAUGGAGACUUCGUCCCCAACUGCUGUUGCAGAAUCCACGCUGGAGACGCCACCUCUUGUGUGUGACAACUUGUCAAAGCCCUGUUAUAUGGACUACCCAGUUCACCGACCAUGCACAGCCCCACUUGUGCACCACACACCAAGUCGCUCAUAUGACACCUAUCGCCCUCCAUCGCCCAGCAAAGGCUACCCAGAGACCAACAGUGCAGCCAUCUUGUCGGCGUUGAGGAAUCUCCAGGAGAAGAUCAGGAGGUUGGAGUUGGAGAAGCACGCAGAGCUCGGUCAAGGAGACGCAGCACUGCGUUCGCAAUCACACAGAAUGCGGCAGAGACCCGCCACCACUCAGAUGGACGCAAGAUUAAGGCCAACAAAUGAGCAGCACAAAUGCAAUCAAGCAUUAGUCACCCAACUUGCAGCUGCGGAGUCUCGCUGUGUCAGCUUGGAGCGUCAGCUGGUUCACAUGAAGAAGAUGUUGCGCAACGCUAAAGGAGAGAAGAGCAGCCUGCUCAAACGACAGGUGACCAUGGAGGCCUCGACAUCUGCGCACGGACAACCCGUUCCUGUCUCUGAGCAGUUGCAGCUGCAGAAAAUGCUGCAACUGGAGCAGGAAUAUCUCAAGCUGACGCAGAUGCAGGGACAAGCUGAGGUGAAGAUUCAAGAGCUUGAGCAGAAGCUGCAGGAAGAGGAGCACCAGAGAAAGCAGCUGCAGUUGGGUUUGGAGACCAACAGGAUCCUUCUACAGUCGUCAUCACCGCGUUGGUCCAAAGAGAGGAAGAGCACCUUAAAGAAAAAGUCUUCCUACACAGAACCUCACUACAGACUCAACCUAAAAGAUGUACCUUUCGUGACCGGAACGUCUGUAGGCGGUAGCCACUCUGUCCGAGCAAACGUGCAAUCGGUCCUGUCUCUCCUGAAGCGCCACCAACCUCAGUUGUGCAACAGCCAGGUUCUCGACAACAACAACAAGCCCAUCCGCUUGGGCGCAGACAGCCGCCGCCAUUCGGACACUUCCUCCGACUCCGCCUCGUCCGCCAGUUUGGACCUGUCGGAGCUUUUGCAGGGGCUACAAGAGGAACUGAGACUGAUGAGUUUAGAACAGGACGAGUUGAUGCGUCAGCUGGACCUCUGUGUUUAUGUACAGGAAAGAAAGCAGCUUGAGAGGGAGCAAGAGCUGCUGCUCCUCAAAAUGGAGCGCAAAGGAGAGCAGAUCAAUAAACUUUAUGUGCAUAAAAUACAGAUAAAGAAAUUUAAAAAGGAAGCGAAUACGAGGCAGGCGAGCAGAACUCCAUCGCCAAGACCGACCACGGCGAUGGACACUAAAGGGCGUUCUGCAGUAGCUGUCAAGCCAAAACCAGGGGAGAAAAGCAGGCGCAGUCUGAGGCUGCUUAAGGACAUGAAAGCGCUGCAGACUUCAUUAAGGAAAUGAGACCCAAGCGGAAAGUGCACAUCCAAAUUUACAUGAAUUGUGCAGGCCCUCCACACCUAAAGUACUGGUACAUAUUUAUUUUCUCCUAUUGCUACCUGUCAGCCUUACAUCAAAUGAAAAAGCACAAUGACGCGAUUACAUUAUUUUGUGGGGACAUUUGGCUUGCUAACUAACACAGAGCGUUACAGCGUAUACAAGUAAGUUCAAAUGUCACUUAAAUAAAUAAUGGUGCUUAUGACUGUAAACUUUUGUUGCAAAAAAUUUAUUUGUUGCUUGAUUUUUAUUUUUUUUAUAAAACAUUAUUACUCUCAGUAUAUGACUAAAAAAAAUAUUUAUCCUUGAUCAAUACGACAUGACAAAGUGUAUGUGUGGUGACUUAUGAACAUACCAAA